AAGUACUCGUUGUUAUUGUAGCAGGUUUGACUUUGAUAGUGCCUGCUGUACCCAAACAAGAGUUUCUGUCAUAUCACUUCUGUCCUUAAAAUAUCACAACGACGGGGCUGAACUGAUUAGAAAGCACAGCUAUGUGCAGCUGUGUGCGGAGCUCCAGGGCUCUGUCCCCUGCCCUGCUCCCCCGUUUGCUGCUUCCACAGACGGGGUACAGAUUGGCUGGCAGGGCCCUCUGGACCUCCCCCCACUGCAUGGCUGUCAGUGGAGACUCCCACCUACUCCCACUGCCCAGUCAGGCCCGUGUGGUGAUCUGUGGAGGAGGUAUUGUGGGAACAUCAGUAGCCUACCACCUGGCCAAACUGGGCUGGACUGAUAUUGUGCUGCUGGAGCAGGGCAGACUGGGUGCAGGAACAACCAGACUGUGUGCUGGCAUUGUUAGCGUGGCCAAGCCUAUCACCAUUGAGUGUCAAAUGGCCAGCUAUUCCAACACUCUUUAUCAGCAGCUGGAGGAAGAUACAGGAGUUAAAACAGGUUAUGUGAAGACAGGUUCUUUGUGUCUGGCCCAAAAUCAGGAUCGUUUCAUCUCCCUGAAGCGUCUGGCAUCUAGACUUAAGAUCAUGGGGAUCAGCUGUAACGUCAUUAAACCUAAGGAAGUGGCCAAACUCCACCCUCUUGUUAACAUUCAUGACCUGGUGGGAGCGAUCCACCUCCCUGCAGAUGCUGUGGUGUCUCCACCUGAUGUUAACCACGCUCUGGCUGUGGCUGCUGCUGGACAAGGGGUUCAGAUCCUGGAGCGAACCAGUGUUCAGCAGGUUCUGGUAGAGAAGGGUCAAGUGAUGGCGGUGGAGACGGAUCGCGGCUCCAUUGAGUGUGAAUAUUUUGUCAACUGUGCUGGACAGUGGGCUUACGAGCUGGGCCAGGCGAGUGAGAUGAAGGUGUCAGUUCCUCUUCAUGGCUGUGAACACUUCUACCUCCUCACCAAACCUCUCCAGGAGCAGCUUCCACUCAACACGCCAGUGGUGAUCGAUAUGGAUGGCAGGAUAUAUGCACGGCCUUGGCAAGGAGGCCUUCUGUCAGGUGGCUUUGAGAAGAACCCCAAACCCAUCUUCACUGAGGGCCGCAACCAGCUGGAGAUCCAGAAUAUGCAGGAGGACUGGGACCACUUUGAGCCAAUGCUCAGUGCCCUGCUGAGGAGAAUGCCGGGUCUUGAGUCAGCUGAGAUCCAACAGCUGGUCAACUGUCCAGAAUCCUUCACCCCUGAUAUGCGCUGUCUGAUGGGGGAGACACCAGGUGUCUCUGGCUACUAUGUGCUGGCAGGGAUGAACUCCUCGGGCCUGUCCUUUGCUGGAGGAGCUGGCAAGUACCUGGCAGAGUGGAUGACUUACGGAUACCCCACUGCCAAUGUCUGGCCACUGGACGUCAAACGCUUUGGCAACCUGCAGAGCAGCCGAACCUUCCUACGACACAGAGUAAUGGAAGUCAUGCCCUUGCUGUAUGAACUGAAGGUUCCUCGCUGGGACUUUCAGACUGGUCGUCAGCUGAGGACCAGCCCUCUGUAUGACCGUCUGGACACCCAGGGAGCACGCUGGAUGGAGAAACAUGGCUUUGAAAGGCCCAAAUAUUUUGUUCCUCCAGGGAAAGAUCUGCUAUCUCUGGACCAGAGUAAGACCUUCUACAAGCCAGACUGGUUUGACAUUGUUGGAGCAGAAGUGAAAUGCUGCAAAGAGGCCGUCUGUGUCAUCGACAUGUCCUCCUUUACCAAGUUUGAACUGACUUCAACGGGGGACCAGGCCCUGGAGCUGCUGCAACAUCUGUGUGCCAACGACCUGGAUGUUCCUGUUGGACAUAUCGUUCACACUGGCAUGCUGAAUGAAAGAGGCGGCUAUGAGAAUGACUGCAGUGUGGUCCGCCUCAGCAAGAACAGCUUCUUCAUUGUCUCUCCAACGGACCAGCAGGUCCACUGUUGGUCCUGGAUAAAGAAACACAUGCCCAAUGACCCACACCUCCACCUAGAGGAUGUCAGCUGGAAGUACACAGCUUUAAAUCUGAUUGGACCUCGUGCAAUGGAUGUCCUGGCUGAGCUGUCUUAUGUUUCCAUGACGCCUGAUCACUUUCCCUCCAUGUUCUGCAAGGAGAUGAGUGUGGGCUAUGCCAACGGGAUCAGAGUGAUGAGUAUGACUCACACAGGGGAACCAGGCUUCAUGCUCUACAUCCCAAUAGAGUAUGCACUGCAUGUGUACAACGAGGUGAUGUCAGUGGGUCAGAAGUAUGGCAUUCGAAACGCUGGAUACUACGCACUGCGCAGCCUACGUAUAGAGAAAUUCUUCGCCUUCUGGGGUCAGGACCUUGACGCCUUCACCACCCCGCUGGAGUGUGGACGAGAGUUCAGGGUCAAGUUUGAUAAGGACACAGAUUUUCUCGGUCGUGAGGCCUUGCUGCAGCAGCGUCAGGACGGAGUAUCUCGUCGAUUCGUCAUGCUGGUUCUAGAGGACCACGACACUGAGCUGGACCUGUGGCCGUGGUGGGGCGAGCCCAUCUUCUGCAACGGUCAGCUGGCCGGCACGACCACCAGCAGCGCCUACAGCUACACUCUGGAGCGCCACGUCUGCCUGGGCUUUGUGUCUCCACCACCAGGCCCAGAGGGCCUCCCCACACCCAUCACUCCAGACUUCAUCAACCGCGGGGACUACGAGGUAGAUAUUGCUGGCCAGCGCUACCCAGCCAAAGCAAAGCUCUACCCCUUCAGCUCCCUCUUCACCCAGCAAAAACGCCGCAAGGAGGACCUGGAGCUCAGCAAUCUCCAGGGGAAGUGAUGCGGAGUAAUAGAAGGCCUCAGUAGAGGCUCCUGUGACACUCCCCUCAGUCCACCAAAUCCACUCCUGCACUUACCUCGCAGUGCCAACCUAUCUUCCCCUGUCAAGGUCCUAAACAGAGGGCUGAUUGCACAAUCACUCCUUGUCCCUCUAAUAUUUAACUUCCACUCCCUCUUUUUAAGUGCAAUAUUUAAGAGGCACCAAAUGCUUGAGUUGUAUAAAAUACAGAGCUCCUGUGACAUCGAUCCAGCCCCGCCCUACUUCACACUCAAACACAGUCCACACACUCUCAACGGCUGGUUUACUGCGAAAGUCCACAGUGAAGUGCCUUUAUCAAGGCAACAUCAACAACAGCUGUUGAGGACUCUCACUUUGUCCACUCUUUCCCACCCAGAAGGGAAUUGAUCCAACAAUCUUCUCCAGUAGUGUUUCAGUCGCAGUAACGUUUCAACACUACAAAGUCUGAAGAAAUGUUAGUCAGUGCUGAUGUUGUAGACUCUACUGUCAUUAUACAAAUUGUGAAUUUGCUGCUGUAAAGAAUAUGAGUGAUGUGAUGUGAAGAGAUGUGGCCUAAUUCAGAUUUACUGUCCACUGCUACCUGUCUAUAACAAUGAAGGAAAAUAGCCUUCCCUGUUAGGAGGGAAAAAGGCGGUGUGUAAAAGCAUUAAGAUGCCUGAUGUAAUCAUUAGUGAACCAUUGUCUCUUGUGCCGCCCAUUACUCCUCCUGUUCUAUACAAGCAGUCCUGUUGAAAAAGCUUCCCAUGCUUUCCGUAGCACCUCCCCUGGUGGUGUCUUCACCAUCAACAGUCCGCUGUCCCGCUGUUUUUUUGCAGUGUGAUGAGCUUGUGGUAAUGUAUUUACAGUAACAUAAUCCGACCUGUUAUUUAUGUUUUGUUCGUUUGAAGCAGCAUUGCUCUGUUGAUGUUAAACUUCUGUUUAGUUGAAUGUGUGGCUGAUGUCAGGUGAUGAGGGAAGUUUGGAAGGGAAAGCUGUGAUCCUGAACUUGUUGGAUAGAGUCCACAGAUAUCUUCUAUUGGUGAUUUGAUUUUUUGCCUGAUCCAGAGUUUAGAUGUUUGUGUAACAAAGGAAGGACUUCAUUGCGAUUUGAAAUAAAGCAAUGUAUUUUUGUAUAGCUAGUGUGUAUAAAAUCUCUAUUUUGAGUACUGCACAUUUUUUCUAUAUAAGUUUCAACUUAUAUCAGCUGCUUGAAUCAUCUUACAUACUGUGGUCAGCUGUGUAAUUCCUGCAGUUGUCCUUGUGAUUGUGCAAAAGCUUUCCAGAAUAUUCUUUAUAUGUAAUUUGUCAGCAACAGCUUGAUGGUAUUUGUAGUCAUCUUUGAAAUAAUUUGCUCCUUUAUCUCUUGUCCUCUUCAGAGGUGAAAGGUCAGGGAGAGCUACAAUGCUACUAGGGAUUAACGGUGUUGCCCAAAGACACUUACAGCAGCAUUGCUGUUGAGAGGAACGAUGAUCAGAUGAGUGACAUUUCACCCAGCCAAUCACAUCAUACUGGGAAAAUAGUCGUAAGCUUUGUGACGCUGUCAUUUUCAAAUCAUUUAGUUUAAUUUAAAUUGCAGUCUGACAUCCUACAAUUAAAAAUGUAAACAAAAGGCCAGCGCUGCCAGGAUAAGGUUACCUGCUAUCACUCAAACUGUUCAACAUGUCUUUGAAGACACAUUUAUUUCAACACCAGGUAACAACAAAAUGAAAGUUAUUGUCUUCUGAUGUUGUUAAAACAGCAGUAAGAAAGCCUCUUAUUUUUUUUAUCUACAGUGUAUCUCAAACUCUAAUGCUCUGCCUGUAAUUUAUAUAUUUGGAAGCUGAAGCAUUGGCUCAGUUUAAACACAAUAUCACUUUACUUUUUCUGAAAGUCCUCUCUUUCUCUAUAGCAGAUUUAAUUUGUUUUAGGGUUGUCUGAAGCACUUUUACCUCUGACUGGGGAGAAAACUGCAGCACCUACAGUGUAGAAAUCAGCUGCUGUGUAGACAACAAAGGAAUAUUGAAAGCCUCACCAAAUCUUUAUACUUCUUUUAAUCCGUUUUGCUAUCAUCCAAGGCUUUCUACUUCAUAAAAUACACUAUUUAAUGAAUGAACAAAUAAAAUUUGCAGUGCUCUUCAGCAGUAGACUUUCUUAAAAGCAGCACAAUAAAACUUGCAGUUUUGUUUUACAUUUCACAACAUGGUGCUGCUGCACGACUGUGUCUCUGCGGUUCUGUCAUACAGAUUCAUUGCUGGGAGAGAAAAAAAAUGUUGCUGAUUUAUGCUGCUGAGCUGAUCUAUAAUGAGGUUUCUGCUAUAAAGAUAUGAAUUCAGAAUGGAUGCAGGAUAAAUUGCUUGUACAGUGACUGUCAUCGUCCAUGUCGAGACACCAGCUGCAGCAGGGAGUCGGACGAUUCUCAUAAAGGGCUAAUUUUACUUUGUGUGUACUUAACGUUUGUCUGCAGAAAGAUGUUGAUAUUAAAUGAAGCAUUUGCAUGUCAUGUCUUUAUAUCAGAGUACAGUCUUGAUGGAGCCUCAUUUAUACACUAACACAUGGUACUCUUUUUGAGUAUAUAGAUCAUUUUUCAUCAUCACAGAAGGCUUUAUGUCCAAGAGCCUAAGUGCGAAGAGACUGAAACACAUUAAUGCAAAAAUAUACUCCUAUGUUGACACUGACCACCUGACGCAUCAGUCAUUUCAUUUGUUGUGAUGUCUUUUUCUGCUGUCUCGCUAUGUGGGUACUUGUGUAAUUAAAGGGAAAUAGCCCUGAACAUUUGCACUAAACAAGGGCAGCCUGCCUUUUUUUUUUCUCUGGGUCAAAGGGUGUUUACUGAAGUCUGACUGAUAUUAGAGGUAUUAAAUGGUUUUCUUGUAUUUCAAAAAAAAUUGAAGGUUAUGUAAAGAUUUGGAAAUGCAUCCCAAAACACUAUAGCUUACAACGUGUUUAAAGUGUAACAUAUCAUCCAUAACAUUUAAGGUGUAAACAUGAGAGACUGGAUGUUGGCCAUGUUGAGGACAAAUCAGUAAAAUGCUCAAACAGUGAUAUUCACACUCACUGACUUGGUUUGAUGCCUGUUUGUCUCUUGUUUGUUUCCACUGUAACGCUUCUCAUACUGCACUGAUCUGUCAUGCUAACUUUUCCUUCAGAGCUUUACAAAUGAUGUAUUUACUGCAUAUCAUGUGAAACAGAUGUUUGGCUGUCUAAUGUACUUAAACAUAAAGAGAACUUGGUUCAUACCAGAAGGCUGAA